AUGGAUCCCAUGACUAGCAGUCUCACCAUUCUUCAGCUCGUUCAGAUGAUAGCGCAAGCUUCAGCUCUUUUGUUAGGAUAUGUCGCUUCCGUCCGCAACGCCGACUCGACUUCUCGGAACCUGCUUAAUGAGUUCAGCUCAAUUGGCGGCGUCCUGACUACUGUUAUGGAGAUCGAGAAAGAUGGCUCUCUUCCAGACAAUCUCCGUCUUGCACUUUCAAAUCUGAUGGCCAACAAUGGACCAGUCGCGAAAUUACAAAUGGAACUGAAGAACAUUCUGCCAAGUGAACACAAAAGCAGGAAAAUGAAGACGACAACCAGAAUGGCGUGGCCCUUUAAGGAAAAGGCAGCAGCAGCAAUCGUCAAUACAUUGAAGCUAUACUGCGGCGAGAUCACAAAAAUUCUAGCGAUAGAUACAUGCGUAAGGAUCACACUCAAUGAAGUCGAUCGAGGCCUCAAGAAAGUCGAUCUAGGAGUCCAGGAACUGGGUGGAAAGACUAUCCUUGCUUCCGCUGUCAUCGACGAAAUUCAGGACGGUGGGCAAGCCGAGCCCCAGACGCUCGCCUACUUCUAUUGCAAUUUCGGAGAUGACAAUACGAGAAUCGCAGCUGCAAUACGCGGGCAAAAGCAGCAAGAUUCGAAUGCAGAAGUGGAUUUAGUUUCCCUGCGCGAGCUACGACAGCAACAACGUAACGGAGAUUGUUGUCCCACAGAUCUGGGGUUUCUACGAAAGCUUCUCGUUGAAGCGUCUAAGCUAGUCGACGACCGACCAGUCCUCGUGAUCGACGCCUUAGAUGAAUGUAAGGACCACGGCGACCUCGUAGGACAUCUUGUCAAACUCCCUGAAGACGCUCGACUACGACUCUUCGUUACCGGUCGAACCGAGCCCAACAUCACAACAGCCUUCCGUCAUCUCCCCAUCGUGUCGCUGAAGGACAGCGCCGAACAAAUGCAAGAAGAUAUAUGUGCGCACAUUGCUGAGCAGCUGACGACUCAGUCGCGUCUGUCACGCCUAUCCGAAACGCUUAGAACGGCUAUUUUAGAGACAUUGUUAAAGAAGGCCAAGGGCAUGAUUAUUCGCUCCAUCGAAGAGAGGGGGCACGAUGAUGGCCCAAUUUCUAAGAGCUGCUUGCUUUGGCUCGCUGGCGCACUCUCCCCUUUGACGCUUGAUCAACUCAACGAAGCAAUAAUGAUUGAGGCUGGACAGUCGAGUCUCAAUAUGGACCUUGGCGUGAUGGAUCCUAUGGAUAUCGUGGUCGCGUGCAGCAGCCUUGUGACCUAUGACGAGGCAACUGGCGUCGUUUCUCUGUCUCAUUAUAGUGUAAAAGAAUACCUGAUCAGCCGACGCCCUAAUAACAUCCUGAAAUCGAUCUCGGACGUGCAUGCGCGUAUUUGUGAGCUUUUGAUCACGUAUGUGUUAUGCGACUCCACGUAUGCAAAAGUUAAAGCAUUGGCGCACCUUUGUCAUGUUUCGGAGAAGGAUUCACGUGUCAUAGCUGCCCUGCAGCGGCUACACUUAGAGUUUCUUCACAACACAGAGAGACAUCCCCUGCUUGAAAGUCUAAUUCAACCAUUAACGGACAGCGGGCAGUCAAGUGUCACUUCCCCCUCGCUUCUAUUCGUCCCUCUUAGGUUCGGAAAUCCAUGGAUGGUGGAAACCCUCGUCAAGGAGCAACCCGAUCUCCUGGGCGUAGAUGUUGCCCGUGGUUUAGGUUCUCCCUUGAUUUUUGCCAUAGCCUCGAACCCCGUCUUUCUCAGUGUUCUCCUGAAGCUGGGUGUCGACCUCAACAAAUCUUCUUCCAUCCAAACCGAUUUAUACCAUCAGCGUGAUCUUCCCUCAGGCUCCUUUGCCCCGAUUUCGUGGGCAGCUGCAAUCGGAAGUCAAGUGGCUGUGGAGUUCUUGCUGUCACAAACGAAGGUCGAGCUACCUGUUGGCAUUCUGCACACGGCCGUCAUGUCCAAGAAGCGGUCCCCAAAAAUCAUUCACAAACUGUGUCAACGCGGCGCAGAUGUCACUUUCACUGUCGAUGGCUCCACCCCUCUUCAUGCUUUACUUUCCAGCUUGAGAUUGAGGCUCAGAGCUGAUCAACGCCAAUGGCUACCAGUCAUAAAAGCGCUCGUCGGUGAUCUUUCUGGGCAUGACUGGACCGCCAGAACGGCACUCCACAUUGCUCUUGACAAUCGUCUGAGUGAUGUUGUCGUAUACCUCAUUGAGCAAAAUGCGCAGCUGACAGCGACAGCGACUCUCCAUCCAAAUUUGGAACUGGGCUGA